GUGUUCGCGCUUUCGCAUGCAACGCGCGCUGCGUGUGUUGCUGACGUUGGAGCGGUGUUGUCCGUUUUUGUUUUUCUUUUGAGAAAAAGGAAACUAGGAAAGCACGUUUUCACCUGGACGCCAGCAGCAGUGUAAACAGCGUGGAGGGGUCAUCCGAUCGGCCAUGGCUUUAUCUUUACGGGUCUUCGCUUUAUAAAAACCGUUGCGCGCGCGAUUUUUUGUGUGAAGUGUUUGCGCGUGUGAAAAAAAAAAAAAAAACUCCAAAGUGUGUGACCUCCCUCGUCGUUGUGCUGUGGUAUACGUGCUGCAUUGCGACCCAAGAUUAUUAAUAUGUCGGCGAUUGUGGAUCAGACGCCCAACACGGCCAAGUCUGUGAUUGACCUCUUCGUACCGAACCACGACCCAGCGGCGGGCGAAGAGACCAUAGAGUGUGAUGGCCUGAACGAGAAGACGGUCCUCGUGAGUCCGUCGUCAGAGCAGUAUGACGCUCUAGAGAACUUGCUGAAGCAGCGGUUACGAAAAGGACAUGGCGAGGUCAUCUACGAGAUCGGGACUGGAGGUGAAGGCGAUGCCGGGCUCACGGCCGACAAGAUGGAUGCCUCGGUGGCAACGUUACAGAGCAUUGCGGCGAGGCAGGAUUGCGACUGCGUCCGGUUACGGGAGAGAAAAGCUGCCGAGGGCCUGGUUGCCGAGUACCUGGUGCGACGGCGGGCCAAAGAGAACGAUUUCGUGGAAGUCAGGGUAGCUGUGGUGGGCAAUGUCGAUGCCGGCAAGAGCACUCUGCUGGGCGUGCUCACCCACGGUGAGCUGGAUAAUGGCCGUGGCUUGGCUCGGCAGCGGCUGUUCCGGCACAAGCACGAGGCCGAGUCCGGCCGCACUUCGUCCGUGGGCAACGACAUCUUGGGCUUUGACUCACGGGGGAACGUGGUGAACCAGCCAGACCCACAUGGGGGACAGCUUGACUGGAUGCGCAUCUGCGAGCAGUCCUCAAAGGUGAUCACGUUCAUCGAUCUGGCUGGCCACGAGCGUUACCUGAAGACCACCAUCUUCGGCAUGACGGGGCACGCCCCCGACUUCACCAUGCUCAUGGUGGGUGCCAAUGCAGGCGUGGUGGGAAUGACCAAGGAGCACUUGGGCCUGGCCCUGGCACUGAGCGUUCCCGUGUUUGUGGUGGUCACCAAGAUGGACAUGUGUCCAGCCAACGUUCUGCAGGACACUAUGCGCCUGCUCGUGCGCAUCCUCAAGUCACCGGGCUGUCGCAAGAUCCCCGUCGUGGUCCACUCGGACGACGACGUGGUCGUCUGUGCCACCAAUUUUGUCUCCGAAAGGUUAUGCCCCAUAUUCCAAGUGUCCAACGUGACUGGUGAGAAUCUUCUGCUGCUCAAGAUGUUCCUGAAUCUCCUUUCUACACGUAUGCCCAACCUGGACUCGGAGCCGGCAGAGUUCCAAGUGGACGACACUUACUCGGUCCCCGGCGUGGGCACAGUGGUGUCGGGCACCACCCUCAAGGGCGUCAUUCGACUUAACGAGGUGCUCCUGCUGGGUCCGGACCCCCUGGGCCACUUCCAGCCCGUGGCGAUCAAGUCCAUUCACCGGAAACGAAUGCCCGUCAAGGAGGUUCACAGCGGUCAGACGGCCUCCUUCGCGUUGAAAAAGCAAGUGAAGCGCUCAGAUAUCCGCAAGGGCAUGGUGCUGGUGUCGCCCAAGCUGGAGCCAAAGUCCUGCUGGGAGUUCGAGGGUGAGAUUCUGGUGCUGCACCACCCAACCACCAUCAGCCCGCGCUACCAGGCCAUGGUCCACUGUGGCAGCAUACGGCAGACGGCCUCCAUCCUGUCCAUGUCGACAGACUGCCUGCGCACCGGCGACAAGGCGCUGGUGCGUUUCCGCUUCAUCAAGAACCCCGAGUACCUGCGUCCAGGCAUGCGGCUGGUCUUCCGCGAGGGCCGCACCAAGGCCGUGGGCAACGUGCUGCGCCUCUUCCCACCUGUGCCCGGUGGAGGCCACUACCACGGCGUUGCCAAGGCGACGGCCAACAAACCGCAGCAGCAGGCCAGAAACAGCAGUGCGCCAACCACGUCCGAGAACAACGGCGACGCCUCGGCGGCCGAACACCAGAUGACCAGUGAUACCACAUCAUCCGCGUCCAGGUUGGAGAACGAGCCACAAAAGGCCAGCAAACGGAACCGCGGACGUUACCGAGGUCCCCGGAUGGCACCCAUCAUCUGAAGAAAAGCGCGCUGCCACAGCGGAGCGCGUCUUCCAAGAUUUCAUUUCACCUCACCCAAUAGAGAUCCGUUGCACGUACUUAAAUAGCCGGUGUGCCCGCCCACAUCCUCUGCCAUUCCCUUUCGCCUCCAAGUUAGGCUUCUCAUUCGUGGACCCCCUCCUCUAUGCUUGUUGUUUGUCUAGGGCAUUUUCUUUUCAUUGCCCUAUCAUCUGCGCCUUCACGUGUAAUAGAACUCGCUCGCCUCACAUCUGUUCCUGCUUGUGCAUCAAAAGGGCUGGGCAGCUAAGCGAGACCUUCAUCCGCCUGUGUUCAGAACAACUUCAUCCUUCACUAAUUGGAAAGUUUGUGCUCCCAAGCUCGUUAGCUUGCUCGGUUACUCGACUUUGUUAGCCCCUGCAAACUCUGCACUUUACAGGUUCUCAUUUCAGUAGACAACUGUCAUUUUUCUUUUUGUUUGUUCGGCCCUCUUGUGAUGCCACUUUACUUUUUUUUUGCUUUUGUUUUUUUACAGAUCUAGAUAGGCGUGCGGUAGCAAUGUAGUUUUAGGGUGACGACCUUUAUCUGUAUCACCACAGGGCAAAUUGUAAUGCUUAUCUGUUCUCUCUUUUUUGGUCAUAGAUGGGUCGUUCCUGUCGAUGCUCGGUGUGUUGUAGUGCUGACGUUAUUCGUUGCCUGAUUUGUGCCAUGAAGAAUGGUAGGCGAGUUCUACUAUUCAGCCGACAUUUGACUCAAACUUGUGUUUCUAUAGCACAUUGCCAACUUUUGUAACGUUGACAAACACAAAUGAACAAAAGGUGCAGAUUCCCAGAAAGAGAUCAGGUAGUAUUGUAAAAUGUGAUUACUUGAAUAUCUUGUAACUCUGCAGAUGGUUACCUGUGCGUGGCACAUGUUGGCAGCCAUCUACUGAAAAAAAAAGUAAGAAAAAUCAUGUUUUCUAAAGCAGCUUCACAUAACACUGUUUUUAGGUCUGGCGCUAAGUCCACAAAUGCACACGUGGCACGUUGAAUACAAGAACAGGAUGCUCUAUGAUCAAAUGUCUUUAAAACUAGUAUGUCAAAUCUAACAUGAAAUGGCUUUGUUAUGUUGAAAACUUGUCUGAAAUGCGCAUCUAUUUCAAUGUAACAGCAGCUCGACGAUUCUUAGUGAAUUUUUAUAGUCAGCUUAGACUGCGAGGUGCUACGUUUGUAAUAGGUUUGAGUGCGCCUGGUGGCUGGAGGAAAUGCUUGCUUCUUGCUUGCCUUAUUUGGGGUCUUUAGUUUUCAGCUUUGAUGGCUGGCUGGAAACUUAGUUGUCACGACGGCGAUGAAUGCUCGCUCUGUGCGACGAACCGCGUGUGGCAACGUCUGAAUGGUGCAGCUACGAAGUGCAGCCAUAAAUGACUGCUUGCCACAGUGAGGUUUUUCGUAAACGUUUGUUCAUAGAGUUUCUUAAAAUUAACUAGAGGGGACUCUGGCACUGCAAUUAUUCAGCCUACCGUGUGGUGAAUAGUACUCAAAUUUGUCUGGUAUUCAUGUUUACACGCUUUGAAUGCAUCUUUGACUUCGUUUAUUGUUGUGUUUUGGUUUCGUUUUGAAUAAAAGAAUGCACCAUUGCGAACUUGGUGACCCGGUUUGAAUUGGUGAGCCUAGAAAGAUAACAUGGGGAAGUGCAACUGCUGAACAUUUGUCGUUUGUCUCCCGACAAAGCAGCUCUAAGCCUUGCGAAGCCAAGCGGAGCCUGAAAGAUGAAAGAUGAAGAGUUUGCGUACUACCCAUCACUUCGACGCUGGCUGAAUUGACGUGUGUUGAAGCUCCCAUAGACACUAGUGCUAGGGUUCCCUCUAGCGUCUUUGCAAGAAACUCUACACGUCUGUCCUCAUCCUCCACAUUGGCACGUUUCUAAAUGUCUGUUCCUGUCGUGAAGGCUUAGUAAAGUCGAUGGGCACAGGGUAGUGAAUAGUGAAGCCUAUUCAGUACGACUUAAGGUGCAUAGUAGUGCACUCAAACCUAAUUAUAACGAAGUUUACAUACUGCACGGAAAAAGUAUCGUUGUGUCAGAAAAUUCAUUAAGGUACAUUUUUAACACUAUAUCUAUUGCUAGACUAUUGUCAAAUUACUUCAUUAUAACCAAUAUUUCGUUAUAUCGAGGUUUCUGUGUAGCACUGCCAUGUCGCGUCUUCCUGAGCAAUAAUUAUAGAGAGUUGUUCAUAGUCUUAUUCCUCACUUUCCAUGCAUACUAUAUGAAAACGUAUGUUAAUUUGUGUAUGCCUUGGGCAAAUUUUUAAAGGUGAUAACAACAGAAAAAGAGGUGUUGGGGGGACCUGACAGCUGUCAUGUGCACUGUAUUAAAAAGUUGUAUUCAUCUCGGGAAGGUCAAUGAUAGGAUGUGUUCGCAUAUAUUUGUGUGUUUGAAUUAUGGAUAUAGAUGACGUCAGAGGGAAGUUAACAUCUAUGAAUCUGCUUAGUCGCUGCUAUAGCCUGUGUUAGAGAGAAUCAGCAUUCUUUGAAAAUACAAGCCACGAUUGAUUGGCGUCUUGCUAAGCUGGGUACAGGCAGAGUCAAUUUUCACCACUGCAUAGUUCAAUAAAUUUUUACCUGUAUAUGCGAGACCUAAGAGUGUCAUCUUGUGCAUAUCUGUUUGGAGGCCAUGUGGUGAAAAUGAAAGUAGUCAUUUACCAUGUAGAAAGUCAUUGCUGCUAAAUAAAGUAAUAAUCAUUCAUCAAAAUGCCGUAAAGGAAAUCUCAUGCAGGUGGCUUAUUUAAAAGAUGUAUUAAGUGUGUGCAAAAUUUAAGGGUUGUGCGAUAUAUUUGCAUAAAUUUCUUUUUGUAUAAAAUUGCUACUAGGAUUAGGCAAAAAAAGAAUGAAAGAACGGUGUCAUUGUCAUUUAUUUUGCUCUGUUAUCACUUAUUUAAAUCCAAGGUGUCUAGUGGGGCUAAGUGGGCAGGUGUUUUAUGUGUCCAAACCUUAUGCAGUCCCUGUGAAAUUUCAGCUCUUCUUGUAUUUACCAGUUGCCUAGCUGUGUGUACAUAAAGUUAGCCACAAAAUCGUCUCAAGAUCUGACUUUCACACGGAUUUUCUGUUGAAGUGGUCCUAAAGAAAAAGAUCUUGCUGUAUUAGUGAAUUGGGCUAUGCAGCAUUAAAACAUGGCCAUUCUUACUAGAGCAGCCCUAACGGAAUAGAAAAGGUGGGAAAAAAAUUUACAUCUGACUGCAACAACAUUGUUAAGUUCCUGCGCCAGCUCAUAGCGUUUUCGCGAGUUUCAAUGUUGUCAUUUUGAUUGUGCCUACUUUUUGAAAAUGGAGAACUUUUAAUAUUUCACAGCAGCUGUACAAGAAAGUAUAUUGAAAUUAAUGUCUUUGCACUGGCUUCUUGUUGCUGUGCGGUUAUUCAAGUCACUAAAGGACCUUGAAACCAACCAGAGGUGGAAUUUCGGUUGUGGUGAAGAAGUUGGGCGCGGGCGUACCAUGACAGCGGAGCCAUGAGAAUUUUUCGAAACGGUGCCGUAAUAGUGGAGUUAGACCCGUCUGAUUAUCGAAACAGGGAAAUCACUCUUUUCGCUCUUUCCUUCACUACCAACCAUUGGUAUCCUCUCCCAAAGCCGCUUUGCCCUCUCUCUGAGCGCCCCUGCCAAACUUGCGCGACGUACGUCAUCGCCGACGCACUGCUCGAGAUACCGUCUACUUCCGGGUGCCGUGACUACGUGCCUCCGUCGACUGUAUGCUUGUUGGCAAACCGCUGCUGCUGUGCCACUCCGUGCUUAUACGAAUCGUGUCGGUAUGGACCCUGUGUUACGGGCAGCAGUAGCUGACUGGCAGCAAGCACACGCAUGCGUGUAACAUGACGAGCAACAAGCAGCGCAGACAGCAGCUUGCAGACCUACCGGAAGUCGUAGGCUCUUGCUCGACCAAUCGCAGCAUAUUUGUUUGCAUCAGAGAUAUUCAUAGUGUGUGUCACGUGAAGGUCCAAAAGGAUUAGAUGUUUCUUGGAAGUUGUGGUGCACCGGCGGCUCAUAGCGCGGCCACGUGUAAAAUCGUUGAUCGCGAGUGCAUUCUGCACACGAUGCGCAUGUUUACUUGAAACAUUUGAAAAAAUAUUGGAGGUGGUUUAGGGGUUCUUUAAGACCUCGCUGCGGAAUUAAUGCAUCUGAAAAAACAUGAAGGUUUUGUAAGUGUGAAGUGAUCUAGUUCUUAUGUUUAAUAACACUUGUUUAAGGUACUAGGGUGUCAAGUUUAAAUAAAGGAUCGCUGUUCUGGCCGUAAAAGCUUCAGCAAAACUGAAACUGAGUUGCAGAGUAUGCGCUCAAGUUUUUACAAAAUUCAGCAUUUACGGGAAUCUUGCCUGCUGUAAGCUUUCACGGCAAGCUCUAUGCGUGAAUAUAAGACAAAACGGUCAACGUUAUGCCAAAGUGCCAGUACUUAUAGAGGCUAAAACAAUAAAAUACACUGGCCCAAGUAUACUUAAGCGUCAAGUACCAAAUGACCCAGACUUCGACCUUAUGGCACGGCCGAGCUAUUUUGACUGAGCAGGCAGGAAAGUGUCGCGAGCAACAGUUUUUCCGUUUUUUGAUAAACCUUUUUGUCGAGCCAGCUUGGUUUGCCUGUUUAUAAUCUCUCCAUCUUGUCCCUGCCUUUUAGGAAAAUCUUGUCUUGUUAGGGAACUCUUGUUGUCUUAAGGUACAAAUGCCAAGUUUCAAUUGAGUGAUAGCCACAAUAUGAAGUAUCCAUAAGUGCAUCAUACGCAUGAAAAAAAAAAACAAAAUCUGAUUAUCGAUAUCAUUAUAACAAAAACCUCUCAGUGAUCUCCAGUUUGCUCUCUCGAGCUUAGAUUUCAAUUGAUCGUUGCAAAUAUCUUAGUUUCAUUUUUUGGCUUCACUCACUGCCAUCUUCAGAUUCUUUUACACCGAAAGCUUUGUCCAUAACCACUAUCGGGCAAAGUAAAAAAAAAAUCUAGAAAGAUAUCAACAAGAGAGCGGUAAUCAAACCCGGGCCCUCUGCGUGGCAGCCCAGUUCUCGGCAAGUGAGCUACGUCGGUGCUUAAAGGAGCGCUGACACAAAACUCCGAAAACAAGAUAAUGAGUGAAAUAUAUUUAUGUGGAAACAUAGCACACAUCUACGAGAUAUCAGGGGCGAAUAUAGCCUAGAACAUAUUUAAAACCAAUUUUGAUAUGCACGCCUGUUGCUGAAUGAGAUGCAGAGCCCCUCACGACGCCUACAUCAAUGCGGGCGCAAUGUAAACAAGCCUGCAUCAUGAGUUCGUGCUGGCUGGUUGUUGGUACAAGCUUUGUACUUGCGCUACCUUUGAUUUCUUCCUCUGUGCCUGGGGCUUUGCAUGCACGCGGGCGGGCUAAACUGCAGGCCCCAUAGGAAAUGAGCGUGCACGUGCUGUCUAGCCAGACUGUAGCGUGUGCUGGCUUUGCCGUGACAUGUCCAGCUGCGAUUACCGUGCCCCCGCAACUGCUCCUGCCUAGCUCGCUGCUCUUUGAGACCGAAACUGAGACUCUAAAUGUGUCUUUAAUUGAAUAACCGUCGUGCACUAACGGAAACAAGGUCUGCAGCUGCAAUAAGUGGAUCAUAAACUACCUUUUGCAACAAGAACAACAAAAAAAAGGUGCAAAAUUUUUGUCUCGGUGCUCCUUCAAAACUGCAUUAGUGACCCCAUGCAGGCUUCAUAUUGCGUUAUAUAAUUGCGUUAACAUGGGUGAUAGAGCGUUUUAUAACAGUAAUGAAACAACCAGGCAUUACGUAAAUGGGUGGGUCAUUCAAUGCUCCAACCCAUUGUAAACACCUCGGGUGUAAUUCGUCAUCAGCCACACCAUCAACAAAAAGUGCCCGUAAUGCCUUGCAAGUGUGUAGCGGUUACCACACUUUUCCGAAGACUGAUGAGUAAUGACAUAGCGGACGCUUUCCCACUACACAGUAAUUAUUUAUGGCGUAGUUAGUACCAUGAAAGUGUGCUGAAAUCAGAUAUGAUUUGUUGCAUAGUUGUGACCAUGAAAGUGUGCUUGUAGUUGUCCCAAGAGCGAUGAAAAAAAGUCUCUGGAAAGGCCACUCCUAGCUUUUGCUGCGACUGUGCUGCACAUCCCACACAAGCCUGGCUUCUUAUUUUUUUGCUCCAACUCGUCAACGGUAGUCUGUAUUGCACAUUAUGUGGUCAGCCCAGGUCAACAUCAUUCACUUAAUAUCAAUGGGAAUACCAACUACAUCUGCUUGUUGUCUAACCCAUGGUCUACUGUCCCCUGAUCUCUUACGAUUAUGCCCAUCAUUUUUGGCUCCACUGCGAUCUGCUUAACAUGAUUGUUUCUCUGUUAAUGACCUCACCUUCUAUGAUACUCGUGUAAUUUGCCUGCUUCGAUUCUAGGGCUUUUUUUUUCCACACUUAUGUCACACUUUCAUAUAUUUCCUCGACUUGUAUUCAUCCCUUGAAAGUUAGCAUUUCUCCCAUACGUUUUUUGUGUACAUUUCGCACUAGCAUGUGGGCGUGCUAACACAAACCGACUAGCCCAAGUUACACUCAAACCUCACUAUAAAAAAGUUGCGUCUUGCACAAAAAUUGGGUUUGUUAUGAAUUCAUUAUACAGGCGUAUUGCCAACACUACUGCAAGAUUUUGUUAUAGCCAAUAUUUCGUUAUAUCCGGGUUCGUCAUAUCGGUUCAAGUUGCCCUUAACGCCUCACAACUGAGGUGUUUGUAUUGCGCUGAGCGACGAUUUGUCUCCAUCCCCAACCUUUCUCCGCUUUUCACUGUCGCAAACCACUGGUCUCUUAGAUCUCUCAUCUACGUUCUCUCAUUAAGUUGUCCCGUUUGUGCAACUGUAGCAGGCAAACGAAAGAUGAUACAGAAGUGAAAUCACAGACAUUAUUUUCAUUUGACUCUAGUGCUUAACUUUGCUGAAAAGUCAAUGCCAUGACAACUUAUCAUUAACAUUGUACUACCAUGGAUUGUGUUACAUUGUACUACAUUCAAACCUCAUUAUAACGAAGAUACAUCUUACAAGAAAAUUAGUUUGUUACAUCCGAAAAUUUGCUAUAAAAGCUGUAUUCCUAACGUUAUAACCAAUAUUUUGUUAUAUCUGUGUUUGUUGUAUUAGGGUUUGAUUGUAUAUAAAAGAAAACGUAUUUCUGGAGUCGGUGCAUAAAUGUUAAAAGGAAUCUGGUUACUUAUUAAUACUAAUUAAAAAUAAGUGCCGUUACUGCCUUUGCCUGAAUAUGACGUUAGUGCUCUAAGUAGCGUACUUACCGUUUUGCAGACAUUUGUGUCCAAAGAAUACACCACAUUGGUUAAUGUGUAUGGGAUGCAUGGCUGAUGAUUGUUGGGCUUGGUGCAUUGCCUGAGAAUGUGCUAGCAGGAUUCGACACCAUUAUGAAAUAGGCUUUCUAAUAUCAUAUAGAGGCAUGAAUCUCAUUAGGGUCUUGUUCCAGUGGAGUGAGUGAAGCCUUUAAUUUUCUGCUUCUGAAUCUCUCUGUAAUUGGGGCAUGCGACUAUCAGUUCUCAAGGCUAAAUAAAGUGCAGUAUGAAAUGGUGCAGGAAUUGAAUAUUUUCAGUUACGUUCGACUGGCUUUCAGCAUUAUGAAACAACUGUUUCAUUGAACUGUUCUGUAUGCCAUUCCAAAAACUCUGCAUGACUUGCAUGUAGUUUUAAGAAGUAUAUGAGAAUUCCAUGAAGAUCAUCUUAUCUUUCUAAAACAAAUUUACGAACAAUGCUAGAAUUGUGUGUUGCAUGCAGAACAAUUCAGUUGGCAAUGUUGAAAUCAUAGUGUUGCAACAUUAGCCACUUUAUGUCAUUGUUUUCUUUUUUGAAGGCUUGCCUAAUAUGAAAAUCAUUAAUUGUAUAAUAAAAACGAUAUGUGCACAUUGCAUACAAAAA